CUGCCCUAAUUCCCCACCAAAUCCCCAUCCAUGGCCCUUGCUUAGCCCUAACGAGACAUCCAACCCUAAAGAGGAAGAGCAUAACUCACACACAACACACCCAUGGAUUUAAGCGUCGUACCUUAUACCGACCUCGCCGAUGCCGCCGGCACCGCCGCCUCCCCCGCCGGUUCCAGACGCUACCGUGAGUGCAUGCGCAACCAUGCCGCCGCCAUGGGUGGCCAAGCCUAUGAUGGCUGCGGCGAGUUCAUGCCCAGCGGCGAUGACGGUAGUCUCGAAGCACUCAAGUGCGCCGCCUGCGGUUGCCAUCGCAACUUCCACCGUCGUGAAGGUGCCGGCGCCGGUCCCGGCGACCUACCUCGUCCUCUCCUUCUCUACAACCCAGCUUGGGACCCAAAGAAACGAUCUCCACCUCCUCAACCUACUCCUGGCUUCCCUCCCUUCUUCCCUUCUCCUCACCCGAUGCCACUCUCUUACCACCAGAUCCGCCCUCCUUCCGCUCCGAUCGGCCCCGAUCCCAGCCGCGACGGGUCUGAAACUCCUCCACGACCCACCACCGCCGAGGAUCGCCGGCGCGAUGAAGCCAGUCGGAAGCGAUUCAGAACCAAGUUCACCAUAGAGCAAAAAGAAAAGAUGCGUGAAUUUGCCGAGCGUCUUGGAUGGCGAAUCCAAAAGCACGAUGACGAAGCUCUGGAGGAGUUCUGUGUGGAAGUCGGAGUGAAGCGUCACGUCCUCAAAGUUUGGAUGCAUAACAAUAAGAACGCUUUGGCUUCACACCAAGCUACAACCAAUAACCACCAUCAUCACCACCACCACCACCAUCACUCCGCCGCCGACUCACCGCGCAAUCCUAGCCCCAACCGUGAGACUUCCACGGCUCCAACUCCCAUCCAAGUCUAAUAAUAGUAACCACUUCUACUAUUACUACUACUACUACUACUAGCACUGCUUCCACUGCUUCUUCAAAUUAACAAUAAUAAUAUGUUAUUAAUGUUAUUAAUAAUUUAG